AUGGCGCUGCUGCCGCGCGGGCUCUACUCGAGCCGCCUCCGCGAGGGGCUCGCCUUUCUCCUCUCGGUGGUGGUUCCGAGCGCGUCGCUCGUCUGGGCCGCCUGGUCGCUCUACGCCAACGUCUCGCUCAUCGAGCGGCUCGUGCUCCGGCUGCGCAGCCUGCUGCACCGCGUCACCGCCGCCUUUGUCGGCCACCGAGUCCUGCCUCUCGUCGAGCUCGCGAGGUGGGGCUUUGCCCACGCCGACGACUUUCUCAAGCGGGCCACCGUCGAGUUUUACGAGCGGCUGCGGCCUGCGCUGAUGGUGGUCUCCGCACUGGCCGUGGUUGUGCCGGUCUACCACGCGGCGCUGCGGCACGCGCUGCACCUCUUCGCCGUGUGCCGUCGCUUGGCGGCUUGGUCUGUGGCGGGCUCGGUCGCGGCGGCGCUCCUCUCCGCCGGGCAGAGCGGGCUGCGCGGCGUGCUGGCGGCGGCGGCGGCGGUGGCCAGGGCCUCGGUCGGCAUUUCUGUCCGCGAUUUCUUGGGCGUGCACGUGCGAUGGCUCUACCAAUUAGCGGUGUUCAGGGGAGUGCAGCCCGUUGCGCAGGCGGGGACGGCGGCGACGAACUUGGUGAGGGGGGCGCACAGGCUCGUCUCGCCCGACGCGCGGGACGCGAUCAGGGAUCGGCUGCAGUCCAUUCGCCAGUCGUCGGCGGAGGAGCGAGCCGCGAUCGCCAGGGGUUCGGCGAACGCUGGACGGCCGAGGCGGCCGCAAUACAGAUGGGCGUUUCACCGGCCGAGGCAGCCCGCAGAGGAGGACAAGCCGGACUACUCGCUGCACGUUGGGAGGCGGCCCAGGGCUCUAGCCGCCGUGGUCGCAUAG